UUUACAUUCCUUCAUAGAAGUAGAAAAACUUAAUAUACUAAUAGUUUAUCCAAUGUCUUUGGAGAGGUAUAGCCCAUUCACUCUCCAAUCCACUGUCACCUUUAAAAAGGUAUAAAAGUUAGAAAAUAAACAUUCUUCUUCUUUACCUUACAAAUAGCAGUAGCUCACACUAUACUUUCACAUAUCCUGUAACAAGUCUCCCAUCACUCCAAACCUGGGAGGCAAAAAUUCCUCCAGGAGAGAGGCUGGAGUGGGGAGGAGCAGAGCUCUGUUUUCAAAACAGCUCCAAAAAAUCUUGGACAGAGAUCACAGACCCCAUUUGUGUCUCCCUCUCCAGAAAGGAAGGCUUUAAUCUGCAUUAAUUGAAACAUAAAUUUGAUAAAUAGGCUCCUUAUUUGUAUCACUCCCUUUCCUGACUGUUUCUUCCUUGCAGGCCCCCGUGAGGGUGGGAGCUGUCCAGGGGCUCCUGGGCAGGGCUGGGGCUCAGCUCCUGGAUGAAUUCCCUGUUUUGGGAUCAAUUUUGGUGUGUCCCAGCUGGGGCCUCUGCUUCUGAGCCCUGCUGGGUCCCACUGGAGGCUGAGAGCUGCAGCUGGGGGCAAUUCUGAGGCUGCGAGCUCAGCUGGGUGAACUUGGAUUUUCCUCACUUCAACCAUCACUGAAAAUUCAGCCUGAAGCCUCUCCUGCCUCUUUCUCAGUCUCUUCAGUGUGGUCAGUGCUUACUGUCUUCCCCACAGGCACAAUCAACAGAUAAUUCCACAAAAUGAGGCCAUUUCUUACACAUACAUCAAAAUAAAUUGGGCAUUCAGAUAAAUUCAGUCAAUACAAUCACAGAACUAAAAGAAAAGCAAUCACAGAACUAAAACAAAAGUGUUACAGAAGGUGAAAUCUCGGUAAACAUAAAUCAAAGGCUGCCCACAGCAAGGUACAGUCAGUGUUGGAGGUGUCUGCCUGAGAUCCUGGAGAUUAGAUUCAGUUCCCUGGAAUCCUGUGUCACCUUAAACAAACAAUGGGAUUGUUCUUUCCCCAUUUAUAGGAUGCAGAUAACAAUUCCUCACGAGGUAUAGUGAGGUAAGCACAGAGAAUGAUGCUCAAUUCCUGGAAUAUGGGAGUAGAAAAACACCCUUGAAUUGAGGUUGUUCUAUGAAGAGGCUGGGCUUUAAAUUUAAAGUAUUUUUCAUCUGGUUUGGGGAGCCCCAGCUGCAUCACAGAGGGUUGGAAUACACAAAUCCCAGGGUUUCUGUGUAUUAAAGCCCACUAAAAAAGCAGCUUCCCCACUAUUGUCUCCCUUAAUCCAGCAACAUGAUGGUAAUUUGUAUGCAAUUCUAUUAGGGAAAUCAGAUUACAAAUCUUUUGUGGAGAGCUAUUUAUACCACUUGAUAUUACUUUAAUUACAUUCUGAUCUCACAACAUUUAGCAUUUUGUGCUCGAGCACCAAAUUUUCAAAUUAGAGCAACUUCAAGGAGCAUUUUCAGGAAUAUCUAGAGCCCUUUGGAGCCCAAAUUCACAGCUCAGUAAUUUUUAGCCGCCAGGGCAUUUUCAAAACCGUUUUGCUCUGUGGGUGUUGUGUCCAUCACAGGUGUCCUGUGCCCACCUGGGCCGUGCUGCCACUUCUGCUGGGAGGGAAAGGAUUUGCUGGGUUGGCUCAGGGGUGACAGAAAUAGUGGGGCCCUUGUUCAGCAGCAACCUCACACCUGAGGUGUGGCUGCCAGGGCUGCCCCCGCUGGGAUUACAAAGGGAGUUUUAUCUGGGACACUGGGAGAGGAAUAUUUUCUAGGGUGUUAAUGCACCCCCAGGCUUGAUUGAUCAGUUCUCAGCCCUUAUUUCUAUGUUAUCAUUUCCUAUGUGACCAUCUGAAAUGCUUAUUGCUUACUUAGACUUGUAUAAAGUAUAAUAAUCACACUUUAAAAGUAUACUAAUUAAUUAUAAAGUAUUUCUGAUACACAAAAAUUGUGGAUGCUGACUGCACAUUAAACUGAAUAUACUUUUGUACACUUCAAUAGAAGAAAAAACCCCUAGAAUUCCCCUUUUUAAACUCAAAAUUAUAGCCUAAAUGUCCCACAUUUUAAAUUUGGCAGAGCUAUCAGAGUUCACAGAUCCCCAGCUCUGGGCUGGAAUUGCUGCUGUCAUGAUCAGUGCUGAAUGUGGGAGCCCAUCAACUCAGCUGAGCUGCUUGGCAAGGCUGUGGCAGAAAAUUGUGACCAAGGAAGGUGAAUCCUUUAUCAAGGUAACAGUAAAAUACGAAUUGAAUCCGAAUAAGUAACGAGGAUAAAUGGAUCACUUAGCUGGAUAAUUGUCCUGCUCACCUGGACUGCUCAGCUGGUUAAAAUCUCCCUGCUGCCUCUGUAUCCUGUAUUUUAUUCCAGCAGUGCCCUCUGCUGAGAGCAUGGAAUGUGUGUCCCCAGAGCUUUUUUUCCCCCCCCAACUCUCAGGUAUUUCCAAUCUAAGUUCUCAAAACUCAUUUGCAUUUAAAAAGGUGGAGAAAAAAAAAAGCUACACUGGUGUUGAUAUUGGUUUAUUAAUGAACAAACCACAUGAAAUAAACAUAAAAUAUCCUGUAGCAAGGGCAUGGGCAGUGGUGUUGGCUGGGUUUUAGCUGUGUUAUUGUGACAGGAUUAAUUGGAAAAAGGCAUUUUCUGGGCUGUUGUGGUCCAGGCUGGAGACACAGCAGUGAUGUUUUAUUUCAGCUCCCUCAGCCCUCCAAACCCACAAAACUCUGCUCUCCCUCUCCUGGCUCUCUAGUCUUUUAUGAUUAAUUAAUUUGUGAGUUAAAGCUGGAUUCACUUCACUCCGUUUGAGAACAUCCUUGAAGGAUUUUAAACUGCAGGUGUGCCCACCCAUCUCCCCAAGCCCUGGGAGGUUUUUCUCUUGUCAAAGGUUGCUUCCAGCAGCUCAUCCGUGUGGGAAACGUGUUCUGCAGUUUGGGCUAUCCUAGCAACUGCCAGAGACUGGCACAGCCCCCAGCUGGCAACCCAAAUAUUUAAAAACACGCCUGGUUAAAGUUUAACCCCUGUGACGAUGAUGAUGUGGCAGCAGGAGCCGUGUGUCAGGAGAGGAUCUCUGCCCAGGACCGAGGUGGGAGCUCCAGGGGAGAAUGGGAUGAGCAGAGCCGGCCGAAAGGAGCAUUUCCCACCAUGAAUGGGUUCCCAAACUGCUCUGCCAACUACACCAAGAUCUGGAAUCAUUACUUGGUGCUGGCCCUGGGCAUCCCCCAGCUGACCAUCAACGUUGUCUCCAUCAUCUUCAACUGCACCGUCAUCUUCACCCGCCUGGCCACCCGGGACCUGCACAAGCCCAUCUCCAUCCUCUUCUGCAACCUGGCUGUCUCUGACCUCUUCACCAGCUUCUCUGGCUUCUGGAUUUCCAUGCUGUUCAUCACCAACCCCGACAUCACCAUCUUUGGCUCCCAGGACAUGCUGGCUCCCUACUCCCUGUACACCACGUCCAUCCUGUCCACCAUCUACAACCUGGUGAGCAUCGGCAUCGAGCGCUACCUGGCCGUGGCUGCCAGCAUGAGGACGAGGUUCAGGGUGGCCAGGAACCACUCCAUCGCCGUGGUCUUCAUCAGCUGGGUCCUGGCUUUCUUCCUGGGCUGCCUGCCCCUGAUGGGCUGGAACUGCCUGCAGGAGGAGAGCAACAUCUCGGUGCUCUACAGCCCCUUCUGCGUCAACUACCUCGUCUUCAUCGCCAUGCCCAACGUGGCCGUGGCCUUCCUCGUGCCCCUCUUCACCUACCUGCGGAUCAUCAUCAUCCUGAGGAAGAGGAAGCUGAGGAUGCAGGCGUGCGGCCAAGCCACGGGCACCUACAGGUCGGCGGAGACGCAGGUGGCCAGGACCAGCAUCUCCAUCUGGCUGCUGGCCCUGGUGUCCUACGCGCCCUUCCUGGCCGGCGUCGCCUUCGACGCGGCCAACCAGCGCUGCCACACGGAGCUGUACCCCGGGGUGUACAUCUUCAGGAACUGCACGGCCAUGCUGAUCACCCUCACCUGCCUGGGCAACCCCCUGCUCUACACGCUGAAGCUGAGGGCGCUGGGGAACAGGCUGAAGGCGCUGCGGGGCCUCUCGGCCGGCCGCGCCUGCGCCAUCGGCCACGUCUGAGCCGGGCUGGGCCGGUUUGUGGUGCUGCUAUCCCCGGUGCUGUGCUCUGUUCCUGCUGGAUGCUCCAUUCUGUGCCUUCCAGACUGGCUCUGAGAGUGAAGGUGGGGAGAAGAUGGAGCACGGGGGCUGCACUCGCUCCUCUCAAAGCAGCACUCCACGUUCUGCGCUGGACUCUGCUGUGUGGGCACGGACAGAGCAGAGCAGAGAGCGCCUUUGCUUUUUAGGUAGUUUAGCCACUGAGGCAGAGAAGGUUUCCCUAGACUGUUGUUUUUUCUUUCCCUUUUCUUGGAACUGUUGGAACCUGCUCUGGACCAGGACCCAGGGAGCAGCGAGAGCUUGUAUUGGAAAUGCAGGUGAACCUGCUGGGAAGAAUGCUGAUGUCUGACUCCAGUUCAGAAGGCUGAAUGAUUUAUUUAUCAUACCCAUACUACAAUACAUUAAUAUACUAUUUAAAGGAGAUACUCAAACUACAAACCUGUUUUCUAACUCCUAUAUCUAACUACUCACAACUCGUGAC